GAUAAUCCCCACAGGGUUCAUUUGUGGGUGAAAUCACUAGCCUUGAUGUGGGCUCUCUGAGGUCAAAGGUCACCAUUUCCCCUAGAUCAACUGUGCCUGCUUGAAGGAGACCAUCACAUGGAGCUUGGUGACAGUUGACUUCCCUAGAGGAGAGGCUGGAGAGGGUGAGUGAACUUCACCUGAGAUACCAGUGACUCCUCCCAGCCACUUGUAUGCAAUUCUGCCCAAAUUGCUUAUGGCUUUGGAGUCUCAGGAGGUGCUCCAGUAUCUAGACUGGCGAAGGUUAACCGAGGACUCCAUCGAUGUGGCUAUGGGGAGGCCAUCACCCACGCUGAGCGAAGACUUUCCACUAUGGUGGUCACCCAUGCUGGUGUAAGCAACCCCUCACCCUGUGUGCUGUAAGUAAGCCCAGUAAGCUCUCUGAUUCCCCGGGGUGAAGCUCAGUGGAAUCAUACUCUGGUUUGUCAUUGAGACCUUAUGAGCAGAUCAUAUUUUGAUUUGUCACUGGGACUUUGUAAGCAAGGAUUAGACAUUGUUUACAGCUCUUCAGGAAAGCAAUUCUCACAAGGAGCUUGUCUGGGUCAUCUUGGAUGGUUGUCUUAAUUCAUUCUGGAUGCUGUAACAAAUGCCCUAGGCCGGCUUACAAACAGAGAAAUAUAUUGCUCACAGUUCUGGAAGUUCAAGGUCAAGACUCUCAUAGAAUCCUUGCCAUGUUCUCACCUGGCGGAAAGGGUGACCUUCCCUGGGGUGUCUUUUGUUAUAGUUGCUGUUGUCUCAGCCAGGCUGCCUUUGAAUUCCCUGUGUAAUCUAAGAUAACCUUGAAUUUUGGGUCCUCCUGGCUCCAUCUCCCACAGGCUGGGUUACAGGCACCUGUUACCACACCCAGCUUAUCAGACUGGCACGCUACCAACUGGUUCCCAUCCGCAACCCCCAAGUUGUCAUUUACAAGGACACAGAUGCCACCUAUGAGGGUCCCGCCCCCAUAGGCUAAUCGCCUCACAAAGGUCCGUCUUCUAGAACUAUCUAUCACCUUGUGGGUGAAGAUCAGCAUGGGAGUUUGGGACAAUAAAACCAUCCCUAUCACAGCAGUGUUCCGAACACACAGGGCAUGGGCUCAGCCAGCUGCUUCUUACUUUGUAUAGGGAGCAAUCACAAGCUCUCCUGGUUCAGGGAAUCUGCUGAGUCCAUCAGAGUAGCUCCAAGUUCCUUCAGUAAUGGGGAACAAAUGGCCUGACACACUGGUGACCCAGUGGUGUUCUUUUGGACUGAACAGAACAUGACGUUGUUUGAAACCUACUUGUUAAACUCAAUGCACUUAACUCGUCAAACUCAAGUCGCUACAAUCCUAACCACCUCAUCUGAGCUUGGGGAUAAGAACUGCUAUCCUAACCAGGGAGAAAACAACACACUUCUUUGCAUAAUGAAGGUGAGAAAGAACCCUCACUGCAAGGGGGCUGCAAGGACUUGGAUUUUUAAAGCAAGAAAGAGGUGAUAUUCUGAUUUGGUUUUUCUCCACCAUUAAGGGUCCUAGCCCUCAAAAUCUCCAUCCCAUUGUUCCCUGCCCCUCACUCCUUCCUUACCCUUAUUCCAUCUAUUCCUCUCUAUCUUAUUUUGCUAGAAGCAGAACUCAGUAUCUUCCUUCAUUAUCUUGGUUUAAGGCCUUUAGCUUCCCCACUAGACACAACUGAGAACCACGCAUGCUGAGAACCGGGACUUUAGCUGGAUAAUUGAAUGGUUAUGAAUGCACCAAUCAGGUGCCUUAGAAAGGUGGUUGACUUCAUCUCAGGACACCACGAGGUCAUAAGACCUGAAACCCACACAUCUCAAGAUCUGAUCUGACCAUUUCCCAGGGGAACCUAGGACAGGCAGCCACAGUUUGGCCCAUAGCAACAAGAAAAGCGAUUGGCUUGAGAAGGAUUUACAAGAAAAGGAUGAUGGCUGAGGCUUGGGAUGCCAGUGAUAGGACACAAUGAGAAAGCUGAACUUGAAAGCGAAGGGCAAUGUGUGAGGAGCAGAGUUUAGAUUCUCAGAACUCAUGAAAAAGCCGGGCAGGCCUGGUGACUGCCUGUGGUCCCAACACUCAGGAGGCAAAGACUGGGCACCUUCAGAGCAGGCUGACGAGCUAAGCUGGCAGAAAUCAGUGAGCUCCAGUUUCAGUGAAAGACUGCCUUAAUAAGUGGGAUGCAGUUGAGGAAGAUACCCAGCAUCAACUUCUGGUCCCCAAAUGCACGCGCGCACGUGCGCACACACUUACCACAUACGUGCACAUACAAACAAGAGAAGGAAGAAAGGGACCACCAUUACUCCUUGCAUGCACCCUCUGCCUGUACAAUGCCUCCUUGGUUUCAAGGACCCUCUGUGUAGUCUUCCCAGAACCCCAAGUCUUAGGUGGGUACCCCCUCUCAGCAGCUGCCACAGAGUCCUAUACCACUGCCAAGUCCAGUACAGAACACACAGUAUACCACUUGUCUUGCAGAACCAGAGAUCCAACGAGACAGGAGCUCUGGUUUUAUCCCUAGUCCUGGGCUUGUGGGAUGAAUGAAUUCGUAUGAGUCUGCACAAGCCUUUGUUUUUGUAGGAGUCUUUGUAUCUCUGAGCCAGGUCUGUUGAUUCUGGCGGUUUGUGUUCCAUAGCUUCCAAGGGACAUCCCACAAAAGGAGGGGAGGAGGCUGAAACCUAGUCACAUCCUCGUCACUAAGCCUUUUUCUUUUUCUGGCUGGAUCCUCCACUCAGAGGAAGAGGAGCCUUUUCCUGCCUUGCACAAUAGCACCAUAUGGGCUUGCGGCAGGCCAACUCUGUGUGCUGAACAGCAGCCUUCCAAUGGAGGUGGGGGUUCUCUGCUUUCCUAGAAAGGCUGGGGCUAAGGGGUUUUCAAACACUGUUUCUUCCAGUCCUUCACCAGCUUCCAAGCCCAUACACGAACCCCACUCUCAGGCAAGCUCCUGCCUCACUCUUUUCUCCUCUGCUCUUUUUCUUUGUCAGGGUUUGGGAUGACGACCCCAGCCACCAUAGGAGGGAAGAUCUUUCUCAUCUUCUACGGUCUCGUUGGAUGUGCAAGCACCAUCCUCUUCUUCAAUCUCUUCCUAGAGCGGCUGAUCACCGUCAUCGCCUACGUCAUGAGAUCCUGUCACCAGCAGCAGCUGCGGAGACGUGGGGUGGCGACCCAGGACAACAUGAAGGCCCCUGAAAAGGGCGAGGCGGAUAGCCUGGCCGGCUGGAAGCCCUCUGUGUACUACGUCAUGCUGAUCCUAUGCUUGGCGUCCGUGGCCAUCUCUUGCGGAGCCUCGGCUCUGUAUGCCGCCAUGGAAGGGUGGAGCUACUUUGACUCACUCUACUUCUGUUUUGUGGCGUUCAGCACCAUUGGCUUUGGGGACCUGGUCAGCAGCCAGAAUGCUCAGUAUGAGAGCCAAGGACUCUACCGAUUCGCCAACUUCUUCUUCAUCCUCACGGGCGUCUGCUGCAUCUACUCCUUGUUUAACGUCAUCUCCAUCCUGAUCAAACAGACUGUGAACUGGAUCCUGAGGAAACUGGAGAGUGGGUGCUUCCCACAGUGCCAAAGGGGACUCCUGCGAUCCAGGAGGAAUGUGGUGAUGCCUGGCAACGUCCGGAACAGGUGCAACAUCUCCAUAGAGACGGAUGGGGUGAUGGAAAGUGACACUGAUGGGCGACGUCUCUCAGGGGAGAUGAUCUCCAUGAAGGACACCAACAAGGUCUCGCUGGCCAUCCUGCAGAAGCAGUUGUCCGAGAUGGCCAAUGGUGGACCCCACCAGCCCAAUGCAUCCUCCAGGGAUGAUGAGUUCUCAGGGGGUGUGGGAGCCUUUGCAGUAAUGAAUAACAGGUUGGCAGAGACCAGUGGAGACAGGUAGGAACCAGAAGUAGCUGCCAGACAAAGAGACCCAGGAGCAAGUGGAAGAUGAGACACUGGCCUGACCCCAUGAGCUCAGCCUUGUCCCCUGGCUGCUGCUAUCCGCUUCUCAAGUCCAGCUUUUGAAAUCUGACCUUGGCCUCAGGCAACAGUAACCUCUCAAGGUUGGGGGCUGGAGCCUCCUUGCCUGCCUUUUAUUUAACUCUUGAAAUCCGAGUUUCAAAUUUGGAAUUGCUGAGGUCCUCACCAUCCUCCAGAGUUUUUUAAUUGCCUGAGGGAGAUGGGUUUCUCUCCAGCUUUGAUUCCCCACUGAUGAUGGUCCAACCCUGAUGAUGAAAAGCCCUGAAGAGCCUAAUUCUAGCCUGGAACUGUGGGUGGCUGACCUCACCACUUCACCCAGCCCCUCAAGAAAAGGGAACGAACAUUCCAGAAUGUAUCUGGGCCCUCUUUUUGCUGGGCUUCCUUCCAAGCAUAGCUGUUAUUGGUUCCGCAGAUGGGGAGAAGCAUCUCAUCGACUCUUUAUACCUGCUUCUCGGUUUGGGAGUCUUUUGUUUACUGUUUUCUUUUGUUUGUUUUGUUUCCUGUUUGGCUAUGUAUCUUUGGGAUCUUAUGUGAUAAGAAAGUGGAUUCAUCUUCAAGCCUUUAAGCUGCAGCGGGGUGAUGGCAGGGAGUCAGAGAGGAGAGCAACUCCCAUUGUAACCGAAGCCGCAGCUUAAUGUGUUCUCUCUGAGUGAUUACACAAACUUAUGUCACUUUACCAGGGCUUGCAGCCUGUUGUAAGAGGGAACUGACUAUUUAUUAGAACUGAAAAUUUAAUAAAUUCUCAUUUUGUUAACUAAGA